CGCUUAACGAAGCAGGAAUUCCGGUAAUGUGCGGAUGACAGCGCGCGUCGCUGCUGACCGUCCCGUAGCAACGCGGAACUGUUGCCCAGCGACCAGCGGUGCUCCCACUAUUCAGCUAGCCAGCUGUGAGCCAACGGGCUAAACACACAGCUGUUGUCUCCCCCCCCCUCCCUACCAUUCCUCCUGGCUUCUGUCAGACCUCACAGACCGUGGAUGAAGUGUUUAUACCCUGAUGCUCACAGUUGGACCGGUGUCUUUUCUCCACCCGUGGGUCGAACUAGCAAACUAGCAUAGCGCGGUGCUCUCAGGUCGGCCUCAGAAACAAGAGGGAUGGAUGUGUUCGGCUUGCUGCACUUGGACGAACUGUCCCACGGACUGGCAAGCGUGUCCAUGUUUCCUUACUUCGACAUGGCGCACUAUAUCGUGUCGGUGAUGGCUCUGAGGGAGCAGCCAGGAGCUCUGGCCGUGUCCAGAGUCAGCCCCUUGGCCUGCUGGUUCAGCUCCAUGCUCUACUGCUUCGGGGGAGCGGUGCUGUCAGGGAUCAUGCUGGCCGAGCCGCCGGUAGCGCCUUUGUCCAACGGCACCGGUGUCCUGCUCGCUUCAAUCAUCUGGUACCUCGUCUUUUAUUGUCCCAUGGACGUGGUCUACAGCUGCGCAGCUCUGCUCCCCCUCAGGUUGGUGCUGUCAGCAAUGAAGGAGGUGACCAGGACGUGGAAGGUCCUCGGAGGGGUCACUCAGGCCCACAACAAAUACAAGGACAGCCUGCUGGUUAUGAUCGCCAUCGGGUGGGCGAGAGGUGCCGGGGGCGGCCUCAUAAGUAAUUUUGAGCAGCUUGUCCGGGGUGUAUGGAAGCCCGAAACCAAUGAGCUCCUUAAGAUGUCCUACCCCACAAAGGUGACCCUGAUGGGAGCGGUGCUGUUUGCUCUGCAGCAGACUCACUACCUGCCUUUACAGAAACACCACCUGAUGCUCUUCUACACCAUCUUCAUUGUCGUCAACAAGUCUCGGAUGAUGCUGACAGGCUCCUCCUCCUCGCCCUUCGCCCCCAUCGAGUCGGCCCUGUACAAGACGCUCUUCAGCGGCCAUUCCCCGUACGCCGCUCUCACGGCGGAGGUACAGAAAGCAGGCACGGAUAACGGCACGUCGACGGGAACCGCCUGUCACGCCACAACCAAAGAGUCAGAGAAGAACAGAUCAGCGGGUCAGAAGAACUCUUCUUCACCUGUUGAGGGUGAGGAAGGCUCGCUCAAAGCCAAAGAGGCCAAAGACUCCAAAAAGAUCAACUAGGUAGCCUUCGCUCUGGGGGCACUUUUAUCUGAAGCCUUUCUGAUUCAGAUUUAUCACGUUAAGGGCCUGAUCUUCAAGUAUGACAAUUAUUUUACAUUAUUAUUAUUAUUAUUAUUAUCAAUGUGAUAAUUUUAUUAUUAUUAUUACCUCCAACGGCUUUCCUUAGAACUUCGUCUUUCUUUACAGCAGUAAAAGAGUUCACACAGUUUACUAAUUUAAAUACGGACCAAAGUGGUUUUGUAUAUCUUAUCUGUUGCAGACGCAGUCUUUGUAGAUCGACCGCAACACGACCAGUCAUUGGACAUGCAAUUUUUUUACUUUCCCUGCGCAAUUCAGCGCUCCUUAUUUGGGCUCUUUGAAGAUCAGGCCCCAAAAGUUGAACUAAAAGUUUGUGUUCUGUUUUUGUUUCCCCUUUUGAGAAGAAAUCCGUUUUGGUUGCAGUGCCUAAAAAUAUCUUAUUUCCCCCAAACGAUUUCUUCCGUGUUUCUCAGGAUUUUAAGUUCGGAGGUGAAGAAUUGUUCACCUCAUCUCAUCGAGAAAUGAAUUAAACAACCUCUGGAUGUUUUUGUGGGAUAAUUACCCACUCCUUAAAGAGCCAUGAAAUGCAUGCUGUUGGACAUGAACGACACGUUAUCCGUUAGCCGAUCGCAACCUUGCAUUACAAAGUGUAGCUUUUAUUAAUUUUUUUUGGAAAUAUUUAUUUUGUAAUUUCAGAGCUUUGGGACCAAUGCUGUACACCUGCUGAGAAUCUCUGUAUAUUUAGCUCUAUGUAAAAGUUGAAUUAGUUCUUUUUUUAUUCUUACAGGGGUUUAGAGUUUUUAAGAUAAACUAUAUUUGAUCACACUGAGAUAUUUUAUUAUAUUUAUACUAAAUAACGGCACCGUUGAAUGUAAUAUAUUGUGAAAUGCAAUGCAGUCGUGUUUUUUUUUUUUUUUUUCUUCUGCCUUGAAUGAAAUCCAAGCACGUGAGAAUAAACAGGUUUAAAUGAGCUUAA